AUGGAGGCACCGGGGUGCGCCGCGGCAGCCGAGUGCAGCGGCGGCGGUGCGGCCCCUGCGGCGGCGGCAGCGGGCGCGCAGCGGCAGCAGCUGCGCUUUGCCUCCAAGAAGCAGGGCGGCUCCACGCAGAACACCAAGGACUCCAACCCCAAGUACCUGGGCGUCAAGCUGUUUGGCGGGCAGCGGUGCAUCCCCGGCAACAUCAUCAUGCGGCAGCGCGGCACCGAGUUCCAUCCGGGAGACAACGUGGGCAUGGGCCGCGACCACACCAUCUAUUCGCUGAUCGAGGGGCACGUCCAGUUCAGCCGCAACCCCCGCACCAAGCGACGCUUCAUCAGCGUGGAGCCGUUGGAAGGGCCGGCGGCAGCAGCGCAGCAGCAGCAGCGGCGGGCAGCGGCGGCGGUCGCAUCGCCUCAGCGCUUGCCGCAGCAGCAGCCGCUCGUGUUGUAG